GCAGCCAAUCACAGCCCAGCCUGAACUAGAAAUCAAACAGAAACGGGAAAUUAAUCCUCUCGACGCGUCUAAACCGUGUUGACUCAAAUGGAAACCACUCUGUAAUCUCUCUGUAUAUACACCCAAUUGCCCAAAUAGCAAACAACGUCUUCCUCAUUCCAUUUUCUUCCUCUUCGUCUUACUUUCUGCAAUGGCGAGAUCAGGCCCUCCUAAUCUCGUCGGCUCCAUGGACGAAAUACGAAGAAUAUUCAACAAGUUUGACAAAAACGGCGACGGAAGGAUCUCGUCCUCAGAGGUUAUUGACAGCCUGGGUGAGCUCGGCACCACAAUAUCAGCCGAGGAGGUCCACUGCAUGAUUCAGGAGUUUGACAAGGACGGGGAUGGCCACAUUGACCUCGACGAGUUCGUCGACUUCAUUCAGCGCGGCUCCGAUGGAACAACGCAGAGCGGCGGUGCGAACAAGGAGCUGAAGGAUGCUUUUGAUAUGUACGAUAUUGAUAAGAAUGGGUUGAUUUCGGCGAAUGAAUUGCACAAGGUUAUGAGGAUGCUUGGGCUUAAAUGCACGUUGAGCGAUUGUACUAAGAUGAUUCGUCAGGUCGACCAAGACGGCGACGGCAACGUCAAUUUCGAGGAGUUUAAGAAGAUGAUGACUAACGGGUUAGUGUAAGAUUAAACAACAGUUACAUGGUUUAAUUUGCAUGUGUAAAUAAUAAGGCUUUAGUUAGGACCGUUUUAUCGUAGUUUCCAAUGUCGUUUCUGCCUUGAAUUCUCGGGGAAAACAUUGCAGAAGUAUUAGUGAAAUAAGAAGUAAGAAAAGAACUUGAUUUCCAAAA